AUGCUUAGAACGAUAUCGAACACAGUGAAUAAUGACAGCAUCAUCGUGAAAAAUUUGAAAUUACAAAGCAUUGUAGGGUUAGAUGCAUGGAAUGCAAGAAAUCCUCAGACAUGUCUGAUAUCCAUGACAUUAAACACAAAUUUCAAAGAAAGUUCUGCCACUGAUGAUUUGAAAUUCUCAUUGAACUACGCUGUGUUGUGUAAUGACAUAACAAAUUUGGCCCAAUCUAAGAAGGAAUGGAAAAGUGUAUAUGCGUUUAGUAAUGCAAUUAGUUCUUAUACUAUGAACAAGUACGAACAGGUAGACAAGUUGAACCUUGACGUGCAGCUGACAAACGCUCAUCUGCGAACUCAAAACGUAUCAUUCCAAGUUGGUAUUGAUAGAAACGAUAAGAUUCCUGCAUCUAAAUAUAUGCUUAUAAAAAAUUUAGAUUUAUUUACAUUGAUUGGUGUCUUCAAUUUUGAAAGACUACAGAAACAAAAACUUUCACUUGAUAUUAAAUUACCUGUCACUGACGAACACUCUGAUAUCCCAUUCAAAACUAUUAUUGAUAAGGUUGUGACAUACACGGAGGGUGCAAAUUUUAAGACAGUGGAAGCAUUGGGGGAAUGUAUUAUUAAGCUUGUUUCCCAAGAUCCUUUUUAUCAGGAUACGGCUUUCUUGCAUUCUCUUAUAGAAGUCACGGUUAUUAAACAUAAUGCCAUCACUGAAACUGAUGGUGUCGGUAUAUCAUGUGCAAGAUCUCCAGAAGAGGUAGUUUCUAAUCCAACCAUCAAAUUGAAUGGAACUAAAGAAAGUAGUGAAUCAAAUGGGUAUAACAUGCCCGUGGACCAAUCUACUGCCAUUGCAACAACCAGCACAGAUAUAAACACCAAAUAUAAUACUGCAUAUCUAGCAUUUGGAUCCAAUGUGGGUGACAGGGUCUCCAAUAUUAAAUUGGCUUUCGAUGCAUUGAAACGAGAGAACGAAAAGAUUGUAAUUUUGGAUCAAUCUUCAUUUUUCGAGAGUGAACCCAUGUAUUUUAAGGACCAAGAACCCUUCAUUAACGGUUGUAUCAAAAUUAAGACAAUACUUUCGCCUCAUGAAUUGCUACGUGUUUGCAAACAUAUCGAAUAUGAAGUCUUGGGGAGAGUGAAGCAUUUCGAUAAUGGUCCUAGAUCAAUUGAUUUGGAUAUUGUCCUGUAUCAAAACGCAGACAAUGAGCCUAUAUUGAUUAAUGACGAAGAUUUGAUCAUCCCACACCCUCGUAUGUUAGAGAGAAGUUUUGUCCUAGAACCACUCUGUCAACUACUUCCUCCAACGACUCGACAUCCUAUUACAGCAGAACCAAUCUGGAAUCAUCUAGAUGAACUAUAUGCGAAGGGCAACGAUGAGGACAAUUUAUGGCUAGUAACACCACUACCUGGGAAGACUCUCAAUACGAAGAAGGAAAAAUUUCUUAAAUUCAAGACUGUUACAGUAAAGGACCCUAUUACUAACUUAUCCAAACGAGAAUCUGUUUCACCUACAUAUAUCAUGCACAUUUUAAAUGUAACACCAGAUUCGUUCUCUGAUGGAGGGAAAUAUUAUUCACCUGAAAAUAUCUCGACCACAUUACAUCACCUCGUACAGGUUACCCAGGAGGUUUUGAAGUUACAUGAUUGUAUUAUUAUUGACGUUGGUGGUUGUUCUACUCGCCCCAACUCUGAACAGGUAUCUGAAAAGAAUGAGUUGGGUAGAGUUAUCCCAAUUAUUUCCGCUAUAAGAACAUGCAAAGAAUUACCCAAGGAUAAAGUGAUUAUUUCAGUCGAUACGUAUCGUAGCACGGUUAGCCAACAAGCUUUUGAAGCGGGUGCUGAUAUUGUCAACGACAUUUCAGGUGGUGCUUUUGAUUCUAACAUGUUCUCGCAAUCUGCCCGUAUUGGAGGUGGUUAUGUCUUGUCACAUACCAGGGGGACUAUCUCCACUAUGAACAAACUGACAGAUUAUACUUGGAAAAAUACAGACGUUAUGGAAGGAAAAUAUGUUCAUUACAUUAGUGGUAAGGAGAUAGACCCUAAGAAUGAACAAUUGACUUUAAUUACCACUAUUGGCCAAGAAUUAAGUGUACGUUUCCUUGCCGCAUUGGAUAGUGGCCUACAUCGUGGACAAAUGAUAUUGGAUCCAGGUCUUGGAUUUGCUAAGAAUUUGGACCAAAAUUUGGAAAUUAUUCGUACUAUCCCAUUAUUAAAAAAUUAUUCAUGUGUGACACCGGAUGGUCGUUUUGUCACUUUUAAGAAUCUACCAAUCUUGUUAGGUCCUUCAAGAAAGAAAUUCAUAGGAACCAUUACUAUGGAACCAGAGCCACAUAAUAGAGAUUUCGCCACUGGUUCCGUAGUUGCUUCUUGCAUUGGUUAUGGCACAGAUAUAGUUAGGGUACAUGACUCAAUCAAUUGCUCCAAGAGUGUGAAAAUAGCCGAUAAGAUAUAUAAGAAAGUGUAA